AGCUUGGGUCUCUUGUUUUUUUCGUAAAAUUCUGUGGAAAUUCUACCGAAAUCAAGAUAAAUUUGUGUCAAUUAUGGAGACUAGAUCCAAAGCGAGAAAUCAACAUAAAUCGUUGAUCGAGAAACUUCCGGUUGAGAUGCUGUUGGAAAUUUUCGAGUAUUUGGACUCGUGGAGCAUUCGUCGUUGUUCAGAAGUUUGCAUCACUUUCUUUCACUUGACUUUGCGUCCAGAAUUUAAGGAUUUCUUUGAGUUGACGAUGUCAGACGACUAUUUGGCUCCGAAUUGUGGAAUCGGAAAGAUAUUUGCUUCCGGCAAACGAACAAAAAGAACUUUUGAUCAUCUCACGUUAAAGUCCGUGACUUUCGAGACACUUGUGUUUGCCAUGAUUUUUUUCACGCAACUUGGACCAGAGGUUCGAAAAGUAUAUAUUGAUGCUAGUUUUUUCCGUCCAAUCAUUUACAAAACCGGCACAUAUAUGACUGAACGAGUCUUUCGAGGAAACAUUUUGAUAAAUUUUCCUAAUUUGGAAGAGUUAAGAGUAGACGCCGCCCAAACUCUUGAUAAAAUCAUUUUUUUCCCACCGUCAUUAAAAAUAAUUUCAGUUGACUUGGCUAAAUUUGGUGGAAACGUAAAGGAUUAUAAGAAAUUUUUAACCGAUAACAUGGGAUUGGCUCGACUAGAGAAAUUAAACUUCAUUAAAAUGAUGAAAAUGCAUAACUUUGAUCAAAAUAACAUAAUAAUUUACCAACAUUCGAAAAUAUCAGAGGCAGUUGCAAGUAUUAUUCAAGAAAUCGGUCAAUACUGGAAAAUUCGAAUAAAUUGCAAUCUUCUUGAGCAUUCAGUUAUCGAGCCAAACUGCAUCACUGGACUAUAUACUGAAAAUCUCACACAAAUUUCGUACAACUCGUUAAAAAAGUUUCCCAAUCUGAAGGAUCUUUCACUAGAUUUGGAUACUUCCGUUCACUGUUUUGGCAGCCAUCAAUUAAAUUCAGAUCUGUCACAUGUUGAAAGCUUGUGGAUUGCUCCUGGACGUGGAACAAAAUGUGAAUCUUGUAUUUUGCAAAUGAUUUCGUCAUUCUCAGGACUAACUAAGCUAACUUACCAUGGAAAUUUGACAGAACAUCAAAUUCGGUUGAUUUUCGAUCAACUUCAAAAUCUGGAAUACUUGGAGCUAGUUGGGAGAAUUCCAAAAAAUAUUUUGGACUCUUCAAAAUUUACGCCGAAUUCCAUUGAACAAUUAAAAAAUCUUCAAGCUUUGUUCAUCGUUCACGUUUCGUCAACAUUGGAAACGGGCAUUUCCAACGAUUGUCUUCUAAAGUUCGCGUCCUUGCCGAAUCUCAAAGUUUUACGUUUAAGCCAGAGUCAUGAAAAUGAUCUCUUUAAAAUUGAUGGAAUUCGUAAUCUGGUUCGACAAUGUCCAAAAAUUUCCGGAUUUUGCUCGACAGACAAUGCAUUUACUGGUGAAAUGGUUCGAGAAAUGCUUGGUGGAUGGCCUCAAUUGAAUACUUUAUUUUUACCUGAAAUAAUUUUUGACAAAGGAACUUGGAAUUUUGUGAAGGCCAAUUGUCGAUUCUUAAGAUAUUUAUCGGUUUUUAAUCAAAAAAAUGAUCAGUUGUAUGACUAUAGUUCAUUGUUCAAGAGCAUUUCCAGUUUGAAAAUCAUUAAAAUGGGACAAGCAUUUUUUACGCGUAUCGAAUAUCAUCAUCGAAAACUGAUCAUGAAGCCCAAUUUGAAGUUAGAUCAACAAACUAAAGGGAAAAAGGCACCAUCAGUAUCUAUUGAACAAGAUUACACUUAUGAAGAUAGUUUUGAUAAUAUUUCGAAGAAAUUCCAUAAUGAGAACGAGGAGUAUUUAUACUUAAUAUCAGAUGAAGAAGAAGACGAUUCUGAAGAAGAGGAUGAAGUUUUCAGUGAUGAUGAAGAAUUGAGUGACAAUUGAUUCGAGGACAAUUUUUUGCAUAAUAUGUAAUUAAAUACGUACAUACCUAAACAUAUACAAAAAAUUAUAUUUUUCCUUUUUUUUUACAAUUCUACAGUUUCACAUAAAAUUUCUGAAAUUUACUGAUAA